UUUUUGAUAGUAGUUGUUACUGUUGUUAGUUAAAUCAUGGUCGUUAUGAUUUGACGAGUUUAAACGGUACAGACGACUGACGCAAAGUGAAAAUGUUUUAACCACAAUUACUGAUAGUUGUAAAAAAGAGUGUACUGUGCUUAGUUCAAAUUUUUGGUGAAUACAAAUAGUUUAUAUUUGCAUUUUUAUUAUCAUAUAAUAUAGCGUUCGGUGUACAAAAUAAUUUUGAUAACGAAAGUCAUACUAUAUACCUAUUGUAAAUUUGUUGUGAGUUGUUAACGGUUAAUCGCCGGUGUCUAAGUUCGUGGAUUAUAAAUUAAAAACUAUAUUUAUUAAUUUAACGUACAAAAAACAUACUAUUUAAUAUGUGCUCUCUAAGAGAUUUUCCUGAACUACAGGAUUACAGUCUCACAGAUAAGACUGUAUCCAUGCCAUUUGUCAUUAAAAGAGUGAAACCCGAGGCAAUUAAUUACCCAAAUAUUGUGGUGGAAUUAAAAGGAGAUCAAAAUCCUGAACCUUUAUUUUUACCAACUUCAGGACUAACAACAUUACAACAAAUUUUAAGUAAAUUUAGUGAGGAAAGUUUCUGGACUGCUUGUGAUGAACUGAUAAAAUAUUUUAAAAAAAAUCCAAGUUAUUUAUCAGUUGUUAUGUAUCCUUUAGCGCUAUUUAUGAAAUUUUCUCCUCGUGCAAGUUUGAAGGGCCCAGAAAACUUGGUGUUAACAGAUAUAAGUAGAACAAAAUUAUGGUCAUCUAGUGUAGUGCGUUGUAUGUCAUGGCAUCCUCAAAUAACUAAACUUGCUAUUGUUUCUUCCCAUGAUAUUGUUUAUGUGUACAACCGAAAAGGUUCUGAAGCAAAAAUAAAGUGGAAAUCUCAAAAUGCCAUUUUAUCCUUAGCUUGGAGACCACUAAGUGUUGGUACUUUAGCAGUUGGAUGUGAAAAAGGAAUUUUCAUCUGGACAAUUGAGUUUAGUAACAUACAUGUAAGACCAACAGUAAAUAAUGUUUGCAAAUUUAUCAGAGAUGAUCAUAGAUAUAUUACUGGAUUAUCAUGGAAUAAAAUGGGUGAUCUUUUGAUAUCCAGUGCAGUGACAUCUAAAACAAUGUAUAUUUGGAAUUAUUCUUUAGAAGCCUGUGUUCCAUUACGUAGAAUUUGUUCUGACACAUUAAACUUUGUUCAUUGGUCGCCUGAUAAUACUAAAGUUUUUUCCUGUUCAACUAAUGAUACAUUUAGAAUUUGGUCAACUGAUAAUUGGACUUCAGAUAAAUGGUCUUUAAAUAACCGAUCUAGAGUACAAUGUGCAUGUUGGUCACCUUGCAGUUCAGUUUUAUUAUUUGCAACUGAUUCAAGUUCAAUUAUAAAUGCUAUUGACUUUCGAAAAUCAGAUGUGUUUAAUGGAUCAAUAAAUUACAAAAAAGUUGCAUGGCCUAUUGUUGAUAUCAAAAGUGAAUGUAUAAAUGAUAAAGUAAUUGGUGGAACACUUUCUGACAUGUGCUGGGAUCAGAAUGCUCAACGUUUAGCUAUAACUUUUAAAAAUAGUGGGUCUUUAGUUGUAUUCCAGACUGCUAUAAGUGAAGCUGUUGUUGAUUGUAUUCCAUUUUGUAUUAUUCAAGGGCGACUUGAUGAGGAACCUUCUACGAUCGCAUUCCAACCAACUUAUGAACAAGGGUCUUUGUUAACAAUUGGUUGGUCGAAUGGAAAUAUUGAAUAUGUACCAUUUGAAUAUACUUGUAAACCAAAACAUGAUCCUGAAAUGUUUGGAACAAAUUUGCUUAGUGUUAAUAAUGAUAAAAGUAUCUCUGGUCGAGUAAAUAUGUCAACUACAACUAAUUCAUUGAUUGAAUAUUUGUUAAAUUAAUUUGAUAUUUAUGGUUUUUUCUUUAUAUUUAUAUUUUAAUCUC